AUGGCUGUCUGUAAAAGCCCUCAACACAUCUUUGAAAACCAGUUCCCUGAAAACCAAACCCUUCUUGAGUCAGUCAUGUCAUCAUGGAGCCAGAAUGUUGUUAAUCCUGUCAAGCAAACUCAGGGGUCUUCAUUCUCUGAGGUAUUUGGUGACCUCUAUACCAAAGACGGUUUGUCUUCACAGUUACAUGAGCCAAAUUUAUUAUCUUCUUCCAUAGAUUCAAGCCAAAUGUCAACAAACAAAAACCAGAACAAGAAGGAAAAUAAGAAAGAAGAGUACCCUUUUUCAUUCCCUCUUGGAAACAAUCAUUAUUCCAGCUGCAGCAAGAUUGAUGUUGGGUUUUCCUUGGUGAAGUCAGAAAGUCUACAACUUUGUACAGAGGGAUUGGGGUCAGAAAGUUCAGAUGAUGUCGAGGAGAACUUUCAAGUUGAGACGAUCAAAGAAGAGAAAAUGGUGAGUGCUUCUGUCAAGCAUGUUGCAUCUGGGACUUCAAGUGGGGAACUUAGGAGGUCAAGGACGAGUAGACAAGCUUUCCCUCCACCUUUAUCUUUCAUAGGAAAGAGUGCAAAGACAGGAGUUCGCUUCACUUCGUAUAGACAAGAUGGAAGGUUUGUCUUGAAAGAAAUAAGAAUUCCCACUCAGGAAUUUCUACAAGCGCGUAGAGAGGAUGGACGUUUGAAACUGCAAAUUGUUCAACCGAAUGAUUAUAUCAUGGAAGAGGAUGAUGAAGAAUUUGAAGAGCACGAUGAUGAUGAAGCAGAGAAUGAAAAAAUUGAAGAAGAAAAUUAA